AUGACACCAAGGGCUAAUGACUGUUCCCAUCCAACAGCCAUCCCACCCAAAGUGGACGACACAUUCAAAGGCUUCAAAUACGUACCUUACAGUGUGCUGACUUCGACAGCGCGCUGGCAAGCAGUCAGGAAUGGUGAAGAAGCCUUCACCAUCACAGCGGCUGGGGCAAUAGCAGCCAAGGGCCUAGAUCGCCGCAAUGAAAGGAGCAUCACGCUGUCAGACUGGAUUGGAGCAGCAGAGGCAGCAGAGGAGCGCACAGAAUUUUACCAUGGGAUAGCACGUGCAGUGGCAUUGAAAGCACACCACAGCGUAGUUUUGGGGCUAAGCCGCUCCCACUCCUGGGAUUUUGUAGUCGGUAGUUCUUUAGUUCAAACCUCUCAUCUGUACAUUACUUGUACCAGCCCAGACGUACCUGCUCAAAUCUAUCUUCUUGUUUGGUUUAUCUUGUUGGACCUGAUCCUCUCGCUACCAGAUGGCUGCGUUGCAGCAACAUUCGACAUCGCAUCAGCCUACCGAAUAGUGCCCGUUCAUCCCAGCCAGCAGUGGGCCCUUUGUAUAUUCUGGAACGGCCAUGCAUAUGUCGAUCGAGCCCUAAUGUUUGGGUUAAGCUCCAGCACCCACAUAUUACAGUGACCUAUCUCCGUAUAAUACGAGGGAACGGACAUGCAUAAUAUCCCGUAUGAUACGGGCCAGCGGACCAUGGGCCCAUGAUAAAAAUAUCCUCGACUAUGACGGAUGGGCCGGGAGGCAAAUUAUUCCCGAUGGAGACGGGUGGGCCCAUGCAGGGAAUAUAUAGAGUAGAUGAGUGGGCCGAUGUACAUGAAUAUUAGGUAGACGGGUGGGCCGAGGUAGUUGGAUAUUAUGCAGAUGGGUGUAUUAAGGUAGAUGUGUAUGAGAUAGAUGGGUAGGUACUUGUUAUCACAUUCACGGGUGGGCCCAGACACAUAUUAAAUUAGACGGGUGGGCCGAGGGUAUUAUAAAAUAUUGUAUUAGACGGGUGGGCCCAGACGCAUAUUAAUUAGACGGGUGGGCCGAGGGUGUUGUAUGGGAUGUUGUAUUAGACGGGUGGGCCGAGGGUGGUAUAA